UCUGAAAUGGAGUCCUAGACCUAUGCCAGUGCUGUCAACUGCUGAGCCAUCUCUCUAGACCCUAUACUCAAUUUUCUUUGAUUUUCUGUUUAAUACAUCAUUCAUUCUGUAUGCCUUUUAAAAUUAGCUCUUGAGCUCUUCGGGCUCUGUCUUGGGUUCCAGCGAGAUGGCUAAAUGCACCAAGAAGGUCGGGAUCACCAGGAAAUACGAACCCCACUAUGUUGCCUUCUUCCAGAAAACAGUGAAUAAAAUUGAAAUCAGCCAGCAUGCCAAGUACACCUGCUCCUUCUGUGGCAGGACCAAGAUGAAGAGACAAACCAUUGGCCUCUGGCACUGUGGUUCCUGCAUGAAAACAGUGGCCGGCAGGGCCUGGACCUACAACACUACUUCUGCUGCGACAGUGAAGUCUGCCAUCAGAAGACUCAAAGAACUGAAAGACCAGUAG